AUGACUCCCCAGGAGAAGCUGGAAUGCCCCAUGCUACGCUGCCGCAAACGAUUUGCCAACCAUGAACUCAUGCUCCAGCAUCUCUACUCAUGCAGUUGGCUCUCCGCGAGUGAGUAUUGGUGCUACGAGUGUGGAAAAUCCGAACGCUUCAACGAUUCCAAGUGCAAGCGGUGCCUGGGCCAUCCUUCAAGAAGGAAAAAGAUACUGUCCAUGGCCAAAAGCUUCUUCAAUUCCCUAGGCCACAAAGCCAAGAACUCAACCCCUCUACAGGACCUCGAUCUUGACUUCGACCUCAGUGACUCCGAGGCACCACCCAGCUAUGAUCUGGUUGUUGCCCCUCACGAGCUUGAAUUGCAAUCGAACGAGAUCCACGAGAUCGGCUCUAGUGGUAUAGCCUUGCAUUCUAUCCUGGAGCGCGAGAAUGAAAACGAGGCAGAAACCAAUCCGGCCCCCAUCUCCAUCUCCAUGGAUAUGGAUAUGGAUAUGGAUAUGGCUGUGCCCAUACCCAUGCCUACACCCUUCAUGUCAUCGCUGCCUACCAAUAACCAAAAUCUGCCUGCUCGCCCCGCAGAGCUCGAAUCAGGCGCAGCCCUCAGCGAACCCCUCGAUUCCAUGUUGCCGCCAGGCACUGUUGCUCCUGUGAAUCUCGUCGACCCAGGCUGUAAUACAACUUCAGAGCGUCCUGCCCUUCAGCUUUAUACAACAGGUCUAGAAGAGUACCGAAGAGAGCAGAAGAGGCGGAGUACCGGCCAAGUGGCCCCCAGCACCUCAGUUCGCUCUACAGCCAGCACAAACUCCACCUCGAGCACAAACACCACAGAUACUACCUUUAGCAGAGAAAGCUAUAACAUCUCCCCCAUCUCAACGUUCUCAGACCAGUGGGCAAGUGUACCAGUCUUUGACUCCAGCUUCACAUCACCUGGUAACGACUUCGGAAGCCCAGGAGGCCUCCUCAGGACAAACUCGUUCGCCAUAUCCCACAAGGCACCCGCAGCCAAGGGUUGGGACUCGUUCGACAACGAAGCAGGCUUGCCCUAUGACUCCCACCCGGCUGAGCUCCCCACAGACCUCCCAAUGCUUGGUGCCUUGCCUGCCGACGACUCCCUCCGGGACUCCCUUGUCCUUAACCAGCCCAUCUUCACCUUGAACGACUCUCCCCUCCCUGCCGACUUUGAUCUCGAUUCCAAUCUGGCCCUCACAAACAAUAAUGCCACAAUGCCGCAAUCCACGUCUUCCGCUUUACCGCAACCGAUGGUUGGCUCCUAUCACAACCCUCGGACCGUGAUCGGUACAGCAUGGAGUACUCUCCAGAUGCAUGUUGCUGACUCCAUGAACAAGCUUCACCAAAUGAACAAGAACCACCUUGUCUCACAACUUAGGGCACUCUCGACUCAAACCAUCUCUGAAAAUGGCCUCCAAACUCUUGUUGAUCUCGUUGAGGGUCGUCAUCCAACUAUUCCCAUCAAAGUCCUUUGCUUCGUACACUUUGCCUACUGUUUCUCCCUUAUCAUUCAUGAACGAGAUGCUGCCAACCGGUCAGCGGAUCUCUUUGGACAAGCAAUGUCAUACAGCACACUGUUCUCAAGACAAGAACGCCAGCUGUAUAUACAAAUUGUCGACACUCUCUGGAAACCCGCCGCCAUGACCAAGGCCGACGUUGUCAGCCUUGUGCGAGCCAAGACAUCAUCGUCCAUGUCUCGGACAUCAAGCUUGAAGGGGAAGGAACAGGAAUCUUCAGAUCUGUCCAAGUCCGACACCGACUCACUGGCAUUCCUUUCCAAGUACUUCCUUGAUCAACUGGAGUAUGCUGUCAUCAAUGUGGUGGAAGAUGGGGAGAUUCAGUCGUCCAAUCUAUACAUGGAGCAUCUUCAUGCCCCAUCAAUGGAAACACAUGGAGACUCAUCACAGGCGAUCGCUAUAAAUACUAUGCUUAAGCACAACUUCCAACACUACGUUCGUUAUCCAUCCUUUGCAGCUAGCCUAGAUGGCCUCGUCCAUCGUGUCAACUCUGGCUACAUGUCAUUCCGGCGCUUAGAACUUGAGCUUAUGGAGUCCGGAAAAUUGUGCCUGCCUCCAGAUGUCUACUUUGACAGCUAUGUUAGCCAUGUCAGAGACCAGAUGGAUUCUUUAUGCUACGCGAAUGUGCUGGGCGGUAACCCUCGGCCUACCUACUACCGCCACAGCGUGGAGCUUAUCAAUAUGAUAAUCGGUGCAACGCUACGACUGCCAAGUGUUCAGUCCGUACAAGGCACCGGAGCUCCAGUGAACUCAGUGCACAAUGAGCUUGACGAACUCGAUGAAUUCUUCAACGCAAUGACGCCGAACCCUUUCAACUUCGGCCAGCCGGAUCCGUUCGACGCUGGGCAGCCUGUGAACGUCACAGGACUGCCAGCUACCAUAGAUCCUUACAUCUUGAACCCUCCACCACUUCCUACGCCUGCAGAUACCAGUUCAGUACGGGAGCCUUCAACGGCAGCGAGCUCACCACCCUCAUCUGCUCCAGCAACAUCUUUGUCCUCAGCAGCGAAAAUCAAGUCGAACAGUAGCUGCAAGUUAUGUGGAUACACGCCCGAGGGCGACCCUCGAUGGUUCAACGGCAGCAUGGCUAAGCACAUAAAACUACAGCACUCGCAAAAUCCUCCAGCCAUCUACCGUUGUGAAUACCCUGGAUGCACAAGCCAGUAUAAGAACAGGCCAGAUAAUCUACGGCAGCACAUGAUCGAGAAGGGCCAUUUCCUUGAAGGUCAAGAUAUCAAAUUGCGAUCUAGUAAGCGAAGAAAGAUUGAGUGA